AUGGUUAAAAACAUGACUUCAUUGGGGUUGGCAUUGGCAUUGAUUUCAGUAUUGACAAUUUUGUCAUCGACGAAAAGCGUGGAUGCACAAACGUAUUGUCCAGAUGUAAUCAAAAAGUUCCUGUCUUGCGAGUCGUACAUGUUUGGAAUGACGCCCACCCCUAACAAAGAAUGUUGUGCUAAUGCACAAGCUUUGGAUGGAGCAGAGAGUGCCUCGAAAGAUGUUCUGAGAACUACUUGUCGGUGCCUUAAGAGAAUCGUCCAAUCAUUCCGGCCACCAGUUGACCUUUCUAAAGUCGCCGGAAUCACCUCCAUUUGCCAUCUCAAAGUCAAUCUCCCUGUCGAUCCGUCACUCAACUGUGACACGUUAUGA